AUGAAUUCAAUUUAAGAAAAAAUAUCUGCAUUAGAAUGGCAUUAAAAGUAAAACACCAUAAAUAUACCUAAAUCUUUAAUCAAUCAAUUAGUUCUAAAUUUCUUUAUUGUUGAAGGAUAUAGAGAUGCUGCAAUAGAAUUUUCUAAAGAAGCUGGUAUCUAAUGUAAUUCAAUUAUUAUAUUUUUUUAAUUAGUUUCAACUUAAGAAUUAGAUUAAAUGAUAGAAAGAAUAGAAAUAAAGAAAAAUAUUUUAAAUGGAGAUAUUGACUCAGCGUUGGAGAAAGUGGUUCAUAAAAAUAAUAAUUUAAUUCUUUUAAAAUUGAAAACACAAAAAUUAAUAGAACUCAUUAAAUAAAAUUAAAUUGAUCAAGCUAUUAAAUAUGCUUAAAGUGAAAUUAUAUCAUUUUUACCAGAUUAAGUAUAAACUAUAUUCUUAAUUAGCCUUAAUUAGUUGAGGAAAUAGAAAAAGCAAUUACUUUAAUUGCCUUUUCAGAUAUAAAAAAGAAUCCAUUAAAUCAUUUGCUUUAAAAUUCAUAAAGAAUUAAAGUGGCUAGUGAAAUUAACUAACAUUUAUAUAAGGAUAAUUUAGGAAAUGAUGAAGCUAAGUUAAGAACAUUAAUGAAAUUAUUAUAAUGGGCAUAAGAAUAAUUAACGUCUGAAAUUUAGUAUCCUUUACUUGUAGAAAUAUCAAAAGGAUAAUUCUCUAAAGAAGUAUGA